UGCAUACGAUCUUGUUUGUGAGCCAGCGUUCUCCGUUGAGCAGAAACCCCCGUUUCCUUAUUCCUAUAGGCCAAAAGAAAGAGUCUCGAGUCUCAACUCAAACCAUAGGGCACUACCCAACAUACUUACACACCUACAAUUUUUAGCCAAAUUUUAAUCUUAUUUGGUGUCCCAUUAUUUAACAAUAAUUCGUUUAUGACCAAACCAGUUCAUCACUACUUUGCCUCGAUAUUAUAACCCAUCUGGAUUUGAAUCAAAUAACUCUCUUCAUUCUUUCGCCUCACUCUUUCUUCUGGACAGAGUUGAAACCUCUUCAACCUGAGAGUUACGUGAAAGCUUGGGUUCUUCAUUACAACAACAUUUGGGGUCUAAUGGGUCAGAAGUACUUGCACGAGCUACUGAAGGAGGAUCAAGAACCGUUCCUUCUAAACAAGUACAUUUCCGAUAGGCGAAGCCAGAUGAAAAGGCCUUCUCCAAACACAAGUUUGCAAGUCAAGAAACGCAAAUCAAUAAAUCAAAUUCAAAGCUCAAACUUCUCUGUGAACCUGUGCAAAAAUGCUUGUCUUUUCUCCUUCACAGACACCCCAGAGCUCAGAAAAUCUCCGCUGUUAGAAUUUGCUUCCCCAGCCAAAAGCCCCUGCAAAUCACCCAACGCCAUUUUUCUUCACAUCCCUUCUCGAACUGCAACUCUUCUUCUGGAAGCCGCUCUCAGGAUCCACAAACAAUCUUCACCCAAAAUCAAAACCAAAACCCAAUCCUUCGGGCUAUUGGGGUCCUUGUUCAAGAGACUAACACAACGAAACCAGAACCGUAAGAGCGAAAUAGAGGGUGGAAGCGUAAAGGUCUCGGUGAAGGAUGUUUUGAAGUGGGAUUCCUCUCUUGGGCGAAGAAAACUCAAUGGCAAUGGGAGUAGCAAGGAGGAAGAGAAAACAGUGAAUGCGUGUGAGGUGGGUGUUUCUUGUUCUUACAAUGAAAGGCAUAGUAGUGGUGUUUGGUCAGAGAGCAAUGGCAUGGAAACGUCAAGUAGUGGCCACUCUCAUCACUACUUUGUAACCCAUCCCAAUGACUGUGCUUGCUUCUGUGAAAGCCCUUUCCGUUUUGUUCUUCAAACCAGCACUCCUUCCUCCGGCCACCACACGCCGGAGCUACCCUCGCCGAAUCGCCACGCAACACAGGAGAAAGAAAAUAAUGAAGCAGAGAGUCUCAACAAAUUUGAAUCAGGGGAAGAAGAGGAAGAAGAUAAGGAACAGUGUAGUCCUGUGUGUGUGUUAGACCCACCUUUCGAGGACGAUGAGGAAGAGCAUGGAAACGACGAUGAUGAGGAAGACGGUGGUUUUGAUUUGGAGUGCAGCUAUGCGGUUGUACAGAGAGCUAAGCAGCAGCUAUUGUACAAGCUUCGUAGAUUUGAGAAACUGGCAGAGUUAGAUCCAGUGGAACUUGAGAAAAGAAUGCUGGAUGAAGAAGAGGAAGGGGAUGAAGCAUUUAUGGAAGAGGAUGAGGACAGCGAAGCAUCAUAUAACGAAAAUGAUUCUAGAGAACUAGUUUUUCAAGCUCUCUCUCAGUCAAGGGUCCAUUAUGACUUACAGCAAAUCCCAGAAGACUUUAAGAAACUGGUUUAUGAUCUCAUUAUGGAAGAAGAGAAAGGACUUAAUUCCUUAGAAGCUGAUAGGGACAUGGUGAUAAAAAGGAUAUGCAAGAGGCUGGAGUUGUGGAAAGAAGUAGAGUCCAACACAAUUGAUAUGAUGAUAGAAGAGGACUUCUCUAGAGAGGAUGGUGAGUGGAAGAAAAAUGUGGAGCAGAUAAGAAAUAUGGCCGGGGAGCUUGAGAUUGCUAUAUUUGGCUGUUUGGUGGAGGAAUUUUCAGAGGAAUUAGUAUGUUAAUUGGGAUAAAUUUUGAAGCAGCUGAGGAACUUAGUAUGAAUGAUUGAUUAUCUUUAUUCAUUUUCUUAGGAGAGUACAGUCUGACUUGCAAUGUAAUGGGAUAGGCUAGUAAUUAGGGGGGAAAAAGUAACUAAAAGAUAAUCUGGGUAUAUAUGUACAUGACUCGUAUUUGUAGCUGGC